AUGAGCGAGAGCAGUGAUAUUAGCGCGAUGCAGCCAGUGAACCCGAAACCGUUCCUCAAGGGCCUGGUCAACCAUCGUGUGGGCGUCAAGCUUAAGUUCAACAACACCGAAUACAGAGGUACGCUUGUGUCCACGGACAACUACUUUAACCUGCAACUGAACGAAGCAGAAGAGUUCGUCGCGGGUGUCUCGCACGGCACUCUAGGGGAGAUCUUCAUCCGCUGCAAUAAUGUGCUCUACAUCAGGGAGCUGCCGAAUUAA